CCGGGAAUGCAAUAUAGGAGCAAAUAAAUUCAGUGAUCUUAUCUAUUAGCACCUUCCAAUCACAAAAUAAGAACAGGGCUUUCUGGUUAGCAGAUCAAUUUUGUCUGAAAUCUAAGUCGGGUUUGAAGGAAGAACACAGUUCCCAUUAGUUCUGGAAUGUUAGAACUGAUGUCUUGCAAGUUUUUUGGCUUUCAUUACAGCUCUUGUUGACUCUGUAAUGACAGAACUUCCUUCUAUCUUGCCUGCACUUGUCUUUAUGAUAUGUCUGGUUCGAUUUUCUGUGCCAGCUGAGGGAAAGAUGAAUACAACCUCGACACAUUUUGUACCGCCGAGAAGGGUCGGUAUAUACGAACCUCUCCACCAGAUUGGUAUGUGGGGAGAAAACUUCAAGGGCAAUGGAACUCUGAACACGCCUUGCCCUAUCAUUUCAGAAGAUACUUCCCAUGGGACAGCAGGAACUCCUCACAGGUUCGAUCAAGAAGCUUCCACGUCCAGACAUACAGAUAAGAUUCAGAGACGUCUUGCACAGAACCGUGAGGCGGCUAGGAAAAGCCGUUUGCGCAAGAAAGCGUAUGUUCAGCAGCUGGAAACAAGCCGGUUGAAGUUGAUACAAUUAGAGCAAGAGCUCGAUCGAGCCAGACAACAGGGUUUCUCCAUAGGUGGGGGAGUAGAUGCUGCUAGCUCUCUAAGUUUCUCAGGAAGCAUGAACCCGGGCAUAGGUGCGUUUGAGAUGGAAUAUGGGCAUUGGGUGGAAGAACAGAACAGGCAGAUAUGUGAACUGAGGGCGCUUUUGCAUGGCCAUGCAAGUGAUAUAGAGCUGCGGAUGCUGGUGGACAAUGUCAUGAAACAUUACUUCGAACUCUUCCGCAUGAAGUCAGCCGCUGCAAAAGCAGAUGUCUUCUACGUCAUGUCGGGAAUGUGGAAGACUUCGGCGGAAAGGUUUUUCUUGUGGAUAGGAGGAUUUCGACCCUCCGAGCUUCUCAAGGUUCUGUUACCUCAUUUGGAUGUUCUUACAGAACAACAGCUUCUAGAUGUAUGCAACCUGAGGCAGUCAUGCCAGCAGGCAGAAGACGCUCUGUCACAGGGAAUGGAAAAGCUUCAGCAGACGUUGGCGGAAAGCGUAGCUGCUGGGCAGCUCGGGGAAGGAAGUUAUGUACCGCAGAUGACGUCAGCAAUGGAGAGGCUGGAGGCUCUGGUCAGCUUCGUGAAUCAGGCUGACCAUCUGAGACACGAGACGUUGCAGCAAAUGUACAGGAUCUUGACGACGAGACAGGCGGCGAGAGGGUUAAUGGCGCUGGGAGAGUAUUUCCAACGGCUUCGAGCGUUGAGCUCGAGCUGGGCCACUCGGCAGAGAGAACCCGCGUAGUAGACACAAUACAGGGUUAUAUAUAUAUAUAUAGACAAUACCAUGAAGAGCUCAAGAAGAAAUGAUGAAGUUGGUAGCCUUAUAGACCGAUUCUUUUUUCGGGUGAUGGUUGUGUUUGUAACAUUUAUAAAAAAAAAAUAUGUUUAUAUAUGAUUUGGGUGACAGUAGAAAUGAAAAGAUUCGUACAUGCAUGUGGUU